CUUCCUUAAGACAGGUCUACAGCAUAGCAACGACUUCUGGUUUGGUUUCAAAGAAAUUCAACAUUUUUUUUGUGUUCAAUUUCUGCAAUUUCGUAGCUUCCUUCUCCGGCUUCGUUAUGGAAGCCGUGAAGCUCUGCAUGGUGCCACCUCCAUCUCUUCUUCGGCUGUGACAUUUGUUGUUCGAUUCUUUACUCCAACUCUCCUCGGUCCUGUUGCGGUCAACGGGGCUCCCUCGCGUUUUCGGCAGCUUCCUGGAAGGUUCCGCGGAAUCAAUUGGUCAAUGAGGACGGAGCUGUGAUUCCAGGAUUCUUUUGGGAUUUGAUCUCUUUCCGCUCCUGGAGAUUGAUUCGUAAUCCUCGUCGUCUCUGUGUUCGAUAUGGCUAAUUGUUCCCAGUGUGAAAUAAGAGCGUGAUUCUGGUUUGCGAUAUGUCGGUGAUGUUGGGUUCUUCGUCUUCUCUGUGGAUCGUUUUGGUGCUCGGUUUCGUUUCGCUGAUAUCUGCUAAUCCUGAAGGCGAUGCUUUGAAUGCAUUAAAGUCAAAUUUGCAAGAUCCCAAUGGCGUCCUGCAGAGUUGGGAUCCUACACUUGUUAAUCCCUGCACAUGGUUCCAUGUCACCUGUGACAGUGAGAAUAGUGUCACUCGAGUCGAUCUUGGAAAUGCAAAUCUAUCUGGAACAUUAGUUCCACAACUUGGUCAGCUUCGGAGUUUGCAAUAUUUGGAGCUUUAUAGUAACAAUAUUAAUGGAGAAAUUCCAAAGGAGCUUGGGGAUUUGACAAACUUGGUGAGCUUGGAUCUUUACUUGAACAAUUUAACUGGUCCCAUACCCGUCACACUUGGCCAGCUUGAAAAACUGCGUUUCCUGCGUCUUAACAACAACAGCUUAACGGGAACUAUUCCAAUGUCAUUAACUAAUGUGAAAUCCUUGCAAGUCCUGGAUCUUUCAUACAACGGCCUAACUGGAGAUGUUCCGGUCAAUGGUUCUUUCUCUCUUUUUACCCCUAUCAGUUUUGCUCAUAAUAAUCUUAAUGAAUCUGCACAUACUCCACCACCUCCUUUACCACCUUCACCAACCCCUGCAUCAGGUAAUAGUGCCACUGGAGCAAUUGCUGGUGGAGUUGCUGCUGCUGCUGCUUUACUGUUUGCUGCUCCUGCAAUUGCACUUGCUCUGUGGCGUCGGAAGAAACCACAAGAUCAUUUCUUUGAUGUACCUGCCGAAGAGGAUCCAGAAGUUCAUCUUGGUCAGCUCAAAAGGUUCUCUCUACGUGAAUUACAAGUUGCAACAGAUCAUUUUAGCAACAAACAAAUUCUAGGGAAAGGUGGUUUUGGCAAGGUCUACAAGGGACGGCUGGCUGAUGGAUCUCUAGUGGCAGUUAAAAGACUUAAAGAGGAGCGAUCCCAGGGUGGGGAGCUGCAAUUCCAAACAGAAGUGGAGAUGAUUAGCAUGGCUGUACAUCGUAAUUUGCUCCGCCUGCGUGGCUUUUGUAUGACACCAACUGAGCGGGUGCUGGUCUAUCCAUAUAUGGUUAAUGGAAGUGUAGCAUCAUGCUUAAGAGAGCGUUCAGAAACACAACCUCCACUUAGUUGGUUGCACCGAAAACGCAUUGCUUUGGGAUCUGCAAGGGGGCUUGCUUAUCUACAUGAUCAUUGUGAUCCUAAGAUAAUUCAUCGUGAUGUGAAAGCUGCAAACAUUUUGCUUGAUGAGGAGUUCGAAGCUGUUGUGGGUGAUUUUGGGUUGGCCAAGCUCAUGGACUACAAAGAUACUCAUGUCACAACUGCUGUACGUGGAACAAUUGGGCAUAUAGCGCCCGAGUACCUUUCGACUGGAAAGUCUUCUGAAAAGACUGAUGUUUUCGGGUAUGGGGUAAUGCUUCUUGAACUCAUAACUGGACAGAGGGCCUUUGAUCUUGCUCGGCUUGCAAAUGAUGAUGAUGUCAUGCUUCUUGAUUGGGUGAAAGGACUUCUGAAAGACAAGAGGUUGGAAACACUAGUUGAUCCUGAUCUUGCGGGAAACUAUGCGGAUGACGAAGUCGAGCAGCUUAUUCAAGUUGCUCUGUUGUGCACACAAGGCACGCCUACAGAGCGGCCUAAGAUGUCGGAGGUUGUACGGAUGCUUGAAGGUGAUGGCUUGGCCGAAAGAUGGGAAGAAUGGCAGAAAGAGGAGCGGUUCCAUCAAGACGUCAGCCGCCAUCCUCACCCGAGUACUACCUGGAUUCUUGACUCUACUGCUGAAAUUCCUCCUGAUGAAUUGUCUGGUCCAAGAUGAUUCCUUGAAGCCCCCUCUUGUAAGUUCAGAGUGAUAUAUAUAAUCUCUCUCUUCUCUCUCUCUAUAUAUCACAUUUGUGCAUAUAAUUUUCUCCUUUUUUCUUUUCUUUAAGAAAUAAUAUUAUCAUAAUUUAGCUUUGUUCAUCUUGUACCUCAAAUCUGAGUAAUUUAAGCAAUUUCUAGAGGGGUUGCUAACCAAAUUAGCAACAAACCAGAAGAUAAUAGCAGCCCCCCUCCCCCUUCUCCUCUCCAAAUAACUCUUUAAUUUUUGAGAAUUCAACUAAUUUUUCAAAUUUGAUCUGAUGAAGUGAUGUUGCAUAAAUCUAUUGGUUUUAAUAAUCAAAUCAAAUUUCCCUUCCUUUACUGCUAAUAAAUUUAUAUUACAUCACUUUGAUGGAUUGGAUUUGAUGAAUCAUUGAAUUCUCUUAGUUUAUUUUUCUCAGGAUUAGGUUUUGUCUACAAUAACAGUGUUUGUAUCUUGAUUUCUGGAGAACCCAGAGUACAUAUUAUUAUAAUCAUGAAGACUUUUCUUGGCCUAUUUUUUUA